AAUACUGGAAGAGCGUUUGUACCCUAUAAUUGUUACCUGUAUACCUAUCGCAUCUUAACUGACCUAGUUAUGGUUAAAAAAGUACAUACUUCGACUUGAGAUUGACCCAUAGCUUGGACUUUUGGUGGGGCGUCGCGUCGCCCGCCGUUUCAAUUCAAACCAGUCGCAAUUCUUUCGUCGAGUGUUCACGUCGCUUUCCAAAUAUUAAUUACGAAACAUUGUGAAUUAACUUUACGCAGUAAUAAAUGUGAGAGUGAUGAUUAAGUGAAAUCAUUGCCGACAAUUACUUUGGAUAUAAUUUGUGCGACGACCUGUUAUUAAAAGUGUACUGGAAUGGGCAUAGGCGCGAUGGACAGCUGCGGCCGUUGUAUGAAAGUGUCGCUCAUUGCGAUCAACAUUAUCAUAUUUAUAAGCGGUGGUCUCGCGCUGGGCGUAGGCACAUGGGUGUGGGUGUCGCGGUACUACAUAUUGAUAUUUAUAAUAUUCGUGGUGGCGCUAGUGGGCGGAAUCUUGCAGUUCGUGUUCCGUGAGAAGGUUCAUAGUACACUGGACAGGGAGAUGUUCGCCGCCAUCCCGUACUACGGCGUGAAGCACGAGUACACGCGGGCGUGGGACGACACGCAGACUUUCCUGCAGUGCUGCGGCGUGCGCAGCCAUAAUGACUGGAACGAUAACGUGCCUGACAGCUGCUGCAAGGAAGUCUAUCCUGGGAAGAGAUUGGACUGCAAAAGCUCCCCUAACCCCACCACCAUGUACACAGACGGAUGCCUGGAGAAGACUGUAAGCUUCUUGCGGGAAAACGCCGUCAGUGUCGGAGUUACCGCGAUCGUAACAACUAUUGUUAUGUUGCUGGCGUUAAUAUUUUCAUGCGCGUUGUUCGUGAAGAUUGAGUGACGAUAGUGUGACAGAGAUAACGCUAUCUAAGUUAUAUUCUCGUUUCAAUUGACUGAAGUGAUCGACUUUUGUGAUUCAGCUUCGGCUGCGUAUGCGGUGUCAUAUUUUCUAUUACAUUUUCUAAUUUAUUAAACAAUUAGAGAUACGUAUGAAAAUAAACGGUAUUAAGUAUUCA